AAAAAAAAUGUCAUCUGCUUCAAGAAUGAAUUUUUUUCAUUUUUUACAAGACUUAUUUUAAUUUCCAGUUAUCAAUUGCAAUAGAUAUCAAAUCACAGAGUUACUGUGAAAAAUAGUUUAAAAUAUCAGUAGUUACAGGCAUCUAAAUAAAUAUAGUUUAGUUUAGUGAAUUACAUUAAUCUAUUAAUUCUAAGUGUAUAAAGUAGCAUGUAUGUACUUCUAUUAUUAUUUUUGGAUUGAAAUAUUUUUCUUUAAAUAAAUCUUUAAAGAAUAAACAAUUAUGUGUUUUUAUUUAAAUGGUUAACCUUUGCUCUAAUUAGAUCACAUCUCAUCAUGCAAUUUUUAGAAAGUAAUAUGUUGUUGUUUAUUAUUUUAAUUAUAUGUAAGUUGAACAUUGUAUAAUAUAGGUAGUUAUGAUAUCAUUGUUUAACAAUAUACAUCUAGUUUUGGAUUAUGAUUAUUAUUUUAUCAUAAUUAAUGUUCUAUAUAAAACUACAUAAAUCCAACCAUUAAAAUCUCCCACUCAAAAAUCAAAACACAAAUAUGGUAUUUCCGAACACUUUGUUCGUUGACACAAGGCCUUAUCAAAAAUUCUUGUUAAUAUGCAUGCAGAUUGUCUUCUGUAGGCUUUGUUAGAAAAUAAAUAAUACUAUUAAUGUAAAUGUUCCAAGCCCGAAGAUCAUUUCACUAAACUACGUAUUCUAUUGUGCCCAAAUUCAAACGUCACCCCUAAACAUGAAUGUAUACUCGCUGAAAACACAAAAUCAUGAUUUCAAAAUCAAUAUUUGGUCCAACACCAAUUUAAAUAACGCGUGAGUACUUAAUAUUACAAAUAUAUUACUGUACAUUUUAAUUUAUAAUUGUGCGCAACCUGUAUCUAGGGUAGUAAUUUUCUAACGACACGAAAAUCGUGUUCUAUGGUAGUUAUUAUUACUCCGUUGUUAAAGAACCAUCCGACCAAACGAAUAUUAUGAUAUGAUCUACUAACCUUAUAAACGCGUUUUUUGAGCUACUGCCAAUGAUUAUUUUUACUUUAUAGUUUCUAUUCUAAACCCUUUAACAAAAAAUACUUGCGAAAAAUUUGUUUUUGACAUGCUCCGCAAAAUCACGACGAUGACGCUCGGCAUCGGUCAUAUCCUGCACUGGAACGACAGAAAUCUCCUAGAGUUUCCUGAAGACUUGAAACGGAACACUGACGUGGUGUAUCAGCUCUACAUUAAAAACAACUUUAUCGAAAUACUACCUGGAUGGAUUAACAGCUUGACUAAAUUGACUCACAUCUACUUGGACAACAACAAACUGUCGACAUUUCCGUUGGAACUUUGCGAGUUGAAGGGGCUGGAAGUGCUGUGUGCGCCGUGCAACUCCAUUACGGACAUACCUUCCGCACUGACGGCGCUCAAGCGACUGACGCAGCUGAACUUGUCACGCAACCGAAUAAGAAACGUCCCUGGCGAUGUUUUGAACAUGCCCUCCCUGUGGCUAUUGGACUUGUCUCACAAUGAAAUCGAAAAUCUGCCAGAAGUCUACCCAGACAAAUUGUAUUACGGUGAAAUCUUAUUGAACGGAAACAAGCUGAUCUCUGUGCCGGACAAUCUCAGUCGUCUGAAGAACAUCGAAUACCUAUCGCUGUCCCACAACAAGCUCCUUUACGCGCCUGCGGUAGCUUUCAGGCCGGAAGCCAAUAUCAACAUGGACCAUAAUCCUUUUUUGAAUUACAUGCCAGCCAAUAUUAAUUCGAGACGCGACUGUAUCAGAGCAGAAUAUUGCGGGACACAACAAUUUCUGGAAGUUCACAUGUUGCCAAAUAUAACGCUAACGUGCGAUGGUCACAAUCUGAUUAUAUCACCUAAAAUCAAAGAAGUGUUCAGUGUCCUAGGAAAUGCACACUGUCCCACUUUGAAAGAAUUUGCCCUCAGGGCACUCUACGUUUGGAAGACGCCAUUUUCCAAAGAUUGUGUCCCAAAACAUUUGUGCGAACAACUGUUGUCCGGUCCAGCUGCUUCCUGUAUGCAAUGCUCGAGACCGAUGUUCACAUUCAGCUAUAUGUGUUUAUUACAAUAUGAUUUUUUUUACAGAUCACACACUCACUUCAAUGUCCAAUAUUUUUGUUCGAAAUCGUGUCAUGGAGCAUUUAAGCAAUUAAUAACAAAUCGUUACCAAAUGGUUUUACAAGAACUGGAUUUUAAAAUUAAACCUUAUGGAUUUUUUCAAAGUUAAUUGUCAUUUUAUCGUUAUUUUACUUUUGAUGUUCCUAAUUUUACCAUUAUAUUUAUUAUAUUUAUUAAUUUAUUGAAUUCCAAAUAAAAUAAUUGUACCUAUUGUGUAUUUAUAAUUACUGUGCCUAUCGUCGUUUAUUCGUAUAGAUAAUUUUCACUAGAAAUUCCAAUUGAAACUUAAGUUAAUGGUUUCAAAAAUCAAAACUUGUAUGAUACCUCGAGGCUCAAACAUCUGCCACGUAUUAUGACUUGCUUUAAAAAUUAUUUUUAAAUGUAAGUUGGUAUUUUUUUACGACCAUACUACUAUAGUAAGACAUUUUCCGUAAUAAGAAUUACCUACCUAAUAGUUUUAUUAAUUGUACUGAAAAGUGAACAAUAUUAAAGCUAUAACUAUUUAAUAUAGUACGUAUCUAUAACCUAAGUACAUUAAGGUAUAUUAUAAAUAUCAUAUUGACUUUAUCUCAUGAUCAUAUAGUAACUGUGACACAUUUACUUGUAUAAAAGUCUGAAGCAAUUAUGUAUAGCUACACCCAGUCUUAAAUAACAACUUAAUACCAAUAGCAUUUAUAGAAUAGGUAUUAGGUCGUAUUAUGUGGAAUUAUAACUGCUCGCAAA